ACGAAAAAUUUGAUGCAUUGGAGUACCCCGCGCUGAGCAAAUACUGUCAAUUUUAAGAAUGACAUGAACUCGAAAGCAAACAUACGAGAUGUUGGUGCUGAAUGAGAGAAUGCGAGAUUGCAAUCGCUUAACGCAUGGCCAGUACUUAUGGGAGGCGUGUGAACCUUUCGGAAUGUCCGCGAGAAGGCUUGUCACUUCUCCUGCCAGACCAGGAUCCAGAUCCAUCAUCCUAACCUGUCCUGUAUUAAAUUUGUCUCUCCAUGAAUCCGAAUGCACCGCUGACAGUAGCUCAGAACAUUGCUAUAACAUCUGCUUCAACUUCGUUUCUCUCAUGUAUCUAUGCAACAUAUAAAGGUCUUCCUAUAGGACCUCUCGCACUGGGGACUGCGGUGAAUAGUGGUAUUGCAGGGGCUACAUUCUUCAGUCUUCGAGAAUAUAUUGUUAGCCCGAUACUUCUCACAACAAUAUCGUCAGGACAAUUUCUACGUCGAAAGCAGGAAGUCGAUGCUAUUCGCGAAGGUCGAGCAUACACAGCUGAGCGACUUGAUUGGUGGUCCAUGAGGUCACACAAACUGCCUGACACCGCCCUCAGUGGUGCCCUUACUGGAGGGCUUCUCAACGCAUGGAAAGGAGGACGAUCAGGUAUUGCCCCAGGCGUCACAACAGGCGGUUUAUUGUGUACUCUGCUGCAACUGGCAUACAACGAGCUAGGUGUAGUCCGGCUCAAAUACCUUUCCCGGACUUUACAAACGCAGGAGGUCGCACCAUCAGUAUCGGCAACAAAAGUUGCGACCACUUCUUCAAGCUCGGUCUCUGUGAAUACGGAGCCCGUACCCUGGACAGAGCGAAUAUUCUCUUUGUUUGGGCUUCAAAAAGUCUCUGACGAAGAAUACUUGGCUAGACUAAAGCGGGAUCGGGAUGCUCACCUUCGUCGUAUAGCGGAGUUGGAAAGGCAAUUUCAAGAGCCGGAAAGUAACAAUCUAGAUUCUUCUAAUGCCCAGUAGACCAUUCAGACAGAUGGAUAUUUUGCAUAUCGCUACCCCACAUUUCUCCCGACACGCAUAAUUAAUACAGCUUUUAAUAUUUUAUUCAGCCUGAGUUUUGCGUUGAGCUCCAAAUUUCGACAGCCCCUUUGUGGUCCUUGGAAAUACCCCCAACAAGCAAGUAUCGUCCAUUCACAGAGAGAGCAUUAACCUUUGCUACAA